GAAGCAAGACUGAUUUUAGUUUUGACUCUUUAUGGGUGUAGUAGAAUAAUUCCCAUUUGCCUUGAGGCAUUAAGAUCUCCUCCGCCCCAUCUCGGAAUGUUUGGCAGCCAACAGACAAAGAAAACUUGUUCUUGCAAAAGACGUGUGAAUGUGUUCAUAUGUUGUCAGGUAAAGGCAUUGGGAGUGGUCACACAGGCGCCUCCCCUCAUACAGCGAAACACGUUAUCGAAAGUAGUUCUCACACUGUCAGCGGAUACAUACAGCGUUCUGCCUGAGACCUUUUUCUGCCAACUUAAGUCCUAAAACGAUACGGGAAAAGACAUUACAGCAACAACUUAACAAUCAGCAUGAAGGUGAAAGACAGUCCUAUGGCUGCUUAUAAGCUGAGCAACAGGUGCCACCUGAUGACCCUAACGCAGAACCUUGAGUUAUGAGUCAGGACUUCAGAGGGAGCUCCUAUGGGUCCUCGCCCUCAGAACUCAGACUUGUGCUUUUGGGCAACAUCGGCUGUGGAAAGACUUCAUCGGGAGACACUAUCUUAAGCCAGGUAUCCCCUAUCUUGUCUUCUGGAUUGUCCGGGAGCUGCCAAGUGCGACAAGGUUUCAUUGAGAGCCGCAGGGUAACGCUGGUGGAGGCGCCGAGAUGGUACUGGAAUAGUGGCCACAUGGAGGCCACUGUCAGAAAAGAGACUGAGCGAGCAUUCACGCUGGUGGCACCAGGCCCGCACGCCAUUUUAGUGCUGGUGCCAGUUGGCCAGUUUACAGAGUUGGACAGCCGUGUGCCUGCAGAGCUCAAAGAGGUGUUUGGAGAGGAGGUACUGGACCACACCAUGGUCCUCCUGACCUGUGGGGACUACUUAAUGGGAAGGACGCUACAGGAGUACCUGCAAAAAGAGAACCCAGGCCUGAGGCAGAUAAUUGAUCAAUGUGGUGGGCGAUGCCAUGUCAUCAAUAACCGGCAACGACAAAAGAGGGAACAAGUCUCUGGGCUGUUUGAGAUGGUGGAAAAUAUGGUGCAAAAGCAUGGGAUUUACUACCCGAAAACAUGGCAGGAGAGAGAAAUGGAAACACAAUUGAAAAAAAGAGAACAAGAACUUGAGGAGAAAUACAGAGUCAGCAGAGAGGAGAAGAAGAGCACUACUGCAUCAACACACAUCCCAUGUACAGAAAUACAGAGGAACAUAGAAAAAGAGGAUUAUGGUGUCACAAUGCUGAGGAGGAGAGCAGAGCGGGAGGAGAUGGAGAGAACAGCUGUGAAUGCGGCAUCUAACGGGCUUCAUUCCAAGCCACAGCCAAAUGACAGCACUACACACCGGUUUGAGAGAACCCCAAGUUUUAAGCUGAACGCCGAUGGCGCUAAACUCUCACAAAUGUCUGAGGUCAGACCAGCUGAGAAAAUUGUCACAACUUUUCACCACAGACUCAACAGCUUGGAUGACAGAUCCCCAGAGGCAUCUCCUACAUCUUCUCCUCAUUCGCCUGUCUUCUCUUCCUCCUCCUACUACUCCUCUCAAACGGGUGCCCCCUCAUCACCCUCUUCCUACUUCUCUUCAAAGUUUGACCCCUCUUCCUACUCCUCUCCAAAGUUUGACCCCUCAUCUUCCUCCUACUCCUCUCAAAUGGUUGCCUCCUCAUCUUCCUCUUCCUACUCCUCUCCAAAGUUUGACCCCUCAUCCUCUUCCUACUCCUCUCAAAUGGGUGCCCCCUCAUCACCCUCUUCCUACUCCUCUUCAAAGUUUGACCCCUCAUCACCCUCUUCCUACUCCUCUUCAAAGUUUGACCCCUCAUCCUCUUCCUACUCCUCUUCAAAGUUUGACCCCUCAUCUUCCUCCUACUCCUCUCAAACGGUUGCCUCCUCAUCUUCCUCUUCCUACUCCUCUCCAAAGUUUGACCCCUCAUCCUCUUCCUACUCCUCUCAAACGGAUGCCCCCUCAUCACCCUCUUCCUACUCCUCUUCAAAGUUUGACCCUUCAUCUUCCUCCUACUCCUCUCAAACGGUUUCCUCUUCCUACUCCUCUCCAAAGUUUGACCCCUCAUCCUCUUCCUACUCCUCUCAAACGGAUGCCCCCUCAUCACCCUCUUCCUACUCCUCUUCAAAGUUUGACCCCUCAUCUUCCUCCUACUCCUCUCAAACGGUUUCCUCUUCCUACUCCUCUCCAAAGUUUGACCCCUCAUCCUCUUCCUACUCCUCUCAAACGGGUGCCCCCUCAUCUUCCUCUUCCUACUCCUCUUCAAAGUUUGACCCCUCAUCUUCCUCCUACUCCUCUCAAACGGUUGCCUCCUCAUCUUCUUCAAAGUUUGACCCCUCAUCUUCCUCCUACUCCUCUCAAACGGUUGCCUCCUCAUCUUCCUCUUCAAAGUUUGACCCCUCUUUCUCCUCCUACUCCUCUCGCACACUUGCCCCCUCAUCAUCCUCCUCCUACUCUCCGACAGUUGCUCCCACAUCCUCCUCCUACUCUUCAACGUUUGCCCCCUCCUCCUCCUCCUCUUCAAAAUUUGCCUCCUCAUCCUCCCCAGAGCUGCGCCUAGUGUUGCUCGGAAGAUCUGGAUCUGGGAAGAGCACAGCCGGCAACAGCAUUUUGGGGCAGGCGGAGUUUGCAUCUCGCCCAGAGAGCCUCACUGCUGUCACUCAGGAGUGUGAGAAAAAGAAGGCGCUGGUUGCAGGCAGGAAGGUGGCACUGGUUGACACCCCAGACUGGUUCAGUUCAGAGCAUACACCAGACGAGGUGCGAGCUCAGAUCUCCUCUUGUGUUACUUUGUCCAGUCCUGGCCCACAUGCCUUCCUCUAUUGUGUCCCCGUGGACCAGCCAGCAAAGACCGACCUGCAAGCUCUUGAGGCCCUUGAGAUUGUUUUUGGCCCAGAAGCAGUCCAAAGACACACUAUGGUCCUCUUUACCCAUGCAGACCGUCUGAAGGAGAGUGGAAAGACAGGGAACGAAGGUCUGGAGGCUUAUAUCUCCAAUCAGCGUCAAGAUUUAUUAACAUUGGUAGAGAAAUGUGGGGACAGGUUUCAUGUGAUGGAGAGAGGAAGGGGGAGGGCAGAGAAGAACAAUGUGGAGGAACUUCUUGAGAAGGUGGAGCAGACAGUGAAUGAGGCAGGAGGACACUGUUAUUCUUGUCCUGCUUUUCAGGAAGCAGAGAAAAAAGUGAGACAGAGACAGCUGGAGAUGGUAAGAGAUAAAGGGGAAAAAUGCUGGAACCGAAAUCCCCGGGAGAAGUUGGACAGCUCAGAACUGAAGGGCAGGUGCUUUACCCAUCCAUGCAAACUGUGAAAGAGGAAGUGGGAGAAGAUGAGAUUGAAGAAAUAAGGGAUGAGGCAGAGAGGAGUGUGAGCACAAUGAAUCUUGAGAGCCUUUCUUCUAUUCCAGUUUCCACUCUGUCUCCUUCACUUUUUAAUUCUGUCUGGGAGACAGUGGGGUCUGCUACAAAGAUGCUCAGCAGUGGAGCAUCCAGUGUCCAAAAGAUGGUCACUGAUAGUUCUUUGUGGCAGAAGACGUGUUCUAGUGCUGGGCAAGUUUCCAAAGCAGCAGGAAAUAAUGCCGAUAAGAUAGUGUCAGAUAGUUCAACACUGGAGGGAUCUGGAGAAAAGGCAGCUACAGGAAGUCCCAUGUGGGAAAAAGUUUCUUCAGGAGCCAAAAUCAUAACAAAUAGUUCCCAACGUGUUGGAGCUGGAAUUGGAACUGGAGCAAAGAACCUGGCGCAGAGUCCUAUGUGGGGCAAGGUAGGCUCUGGGGCCAAAAGUGGAGCCCAAAUGGUGGCUAGUGGUUCCAUGCGUGUUGGUGCUGGAAUUGGGGCUGGUGCAAAGAAGGUGGCACAAAGUCCGGUGUGGGGUAAGGUCGGCUCUGGUACUAAAGCAGGUGCCAAGAUGGUGGCAGAGAGUCCAGUGUGGGAGAAAAUUGGAAAUACUGCUAAAAAGGUGCCAAAGGUAGUUAUUGGGGGUGCUUUGCUGGGCUUGGUGCUUGGUGUGUUUUUAGGGGGUAUGAUAGGUGGCGCUGUAGGUGCAGCUGUUGGAACGGCAGCAAGUGAGGUGGGUAGAAGAAAACUGAGCAAUAAAAAUGCAUUAGAAAAGACAGAUGAAGCUGUAAAAAAUGUGGAGGGCAGUGCGAAGUCGCUGCUAAAACAAG